AUGGCUGAAUCGCUUUUUGAUAUAUUUGGGGACCACGCAACGAGACAGGCGAUGAAAAAUGUAUCGCGCCAACCGUUAAUGAACAUUGAAAACAUGGGAAAGACGGUGUCAACUGGUCCCAUUAAACCAAAUGAACCAACCAAAAAGAUAGGUGAAACAAAGAAAUCCUUCCUUUCAAAUACUGGUAAAGCACUUCAGAGUACACCGGCGCGGCAAGUUUUCUCGCCCAAGGUGGUAAAUGUUGGUGCUCUUAUCUACACCGAUGAUGAUGACCAAACUAAUAGUGAAUGUAACUUUGAAGCUUUAGAAUUUACCAAACCUUCAAACAAAUAUGAUAACUACCACAAGGAUUUAUUUGAUUAUCUUCCUCUGCCAGAGCUUAAUGUGGUGCGACAUGAGUCACCACGCAGUACUCCCCCACCAGAAAUAAGACGACACUCUUUAGAUUUUGACUACUCAUAUCAGGAUGAGUUCUUCACAGAUGAUUUUUCAUGUGGAAACAUUUAUGAUGACAAUGAUCUUGAACUACCUGCACUGUAUUAA